GAACUCUACUUCCCAUGGUGCUUUGCGGCCGCUCUGUUUCUGGGUGUCUAGCAACAGCUAACUAGCCCAGACAGCCGGCGGCAUCAUCAUCAACAGCAGCGACGAGAUCCCCGCAAAAAAAUUACUCGCCGUCGGGUUUUCACAGUUGAGGGGGGGAAAAAAGAGUGGGGAGACAACUGCGAGCCCUGCGCAAAGAUAUGAGCGGCAGCGGGCGGCCCAGGACCAGCUCGUUUGCUGAGCCGCCAGGUGUUCCAGGAGCCGCCGCCGCGCCCGCCGGAUCAGCCGCUGCCGUGGGGAGCAGCACAGGAAAGUCCGGGGUCGCGCAGGCCUCCGGGAGCAGCUUAUCGGGAUGCUCGAACCUCAAACUCGCAAGAGACAGCGGCAAGGUGACGACAGUGGUGGCCACGCCGGGUCAGGGCCCGGACCGCCCACAGGAAGUCUCCUACACUGACAUCAAGGUGAUCGGCAAUGGCUCCUUCGGGGUGGUCUACCAGGCCCGACUCAUGGACAGCCAGGAGAUGGUGGCCAUCAAGAAGGUUCUCCAGGAUAAGCGGUUCAAGAACCGUGAGCUGCAGAUCAUGAGGAAGCUGGACCACUGCAACAUCGUCAGACUACGUUACUUCUUCUACUCCAGCGGAGAGAAGAAAGAUGAAGUGUACCUCAACCUGGUGCUGGACUUUGUCCCCGAGACGGUCUACAGGGUUGCCCGGCAUUUUAACAAGAACAAGAGCAUCAUUCCUAUAAUAUACGUCAAGGUGUACAUGUACCAGCUGUUUCGCAGCCUGGCUUACAUCCACUCUCAAGGCGUGUGUCAUCGCGACAUCAAGCCCCAGAACCUGCUUGUGGACCCGGAGACCGCCAUCCUCAAGCUGUGUGACUUUGGCAGCGCCAAGCAGCUGGUCCGCGGCGAGCCCAACGUCUCGUAUAUCUGCUCGCGCUACUACCGAGCACCCGAGCUCAUUUUCGGCGCCACCGACUACACGGCCAACAUCGACAUCUGGUCGGCGGGCUGCGUGCUGGCCGAGCUGCUGCUGGGUCAGCCCAUCUUCCCAGGCGACAGCGGCGUGGACCAACUGGUGGAGAUCAUCAAGGUGCUCGGCACGCCGACCAGGGAGCAGAUUCGGGAGAUGAACCCCAACUAUACAGAAUUCAAAUUCCCUCAGAUUAAAGCUCAUCCUUGGACCAAGGUGUUCAAACCUCGCACGCCGCCAGAGGCCAUCGCGCUCUGCUCCCGCCUGCUGGAAUACACGCCGGCCUCCCGCCUCUCUCCGCUGGAGGCGUGUUCGCACACCUUCUUUGACGAGCUGAGACAGCCCAACACGCGACUGCCCAGCGGCCGCGAGCUGCCCAUGCUCUUCAACUUCAGCACUACAGAGUUGUCCAUCCAGCCUCAGCUGAACCCCACACUGAUCCCUCCACACGCUCGCGCCCACACAGCUCUUUCUUCUCACGACGGCACCGGCCCGGACGCCUCUCAACUGGGUUCAGUACCAGGAUCUCUUAACAGCAUCUGAAGCGGCCAAUUGCCUGCUCUGCCUGCCUGCCAGCCAGCCCCGCCCCCUCUUAUUCAAACACACACACACACACACACACACACGAAGAUAUCUGCUCAUCUCGGCCCUGCUUGCUGUCCUAGUCGAUGACGUUUUUGUACAGUAAACAACACUGCGGCCAAUGAGACACACACACACGCUGUCUGGCUGCUGCUACAGUAGUGGUAUGUGAAGGUUCAAUAGUGGGGGCUGGUCCUCUGUAAUAUAACCUUUUUUGUUGUUAUUUUAAAUCACAUCUCUCCCUCUUCUUCAUCCAUGUUUGUGUUUAUUUAUUGGACUUUUCCUUUGAUUCUGCUGUAUUUUUAAGUCUUUUUAACCAAGAGGUUAACUGCCUGAGCGAGACCAGAAUGUUCUAUAGGUCAUCAGGGUCAAGGGGGUUUUCACUCAGGAGAUAUUCCCAGCUUCUUCCAGCCCUAGCAUUAUUUAUUUUUUUUAGGCUCUGUGCAUUUUAUUUUUUGGGGGAAAAAAAGCAUUUAAAUCCCUUUUAGACUCCAAAAAGGAGAGAAGCGUCCUCUCCAAUCAUGUUUUUAGACAUUUUUUGACAUUUUAAAGCCCCGAACCAUGCUUGAAGCACGAACACACACACACACACACAGUAGUACACGCUCGUUGACUUACCUUCUCGUUGGCGUGCAAAGAACUCACGUCAUGACCGAACGCCGGCUUGGAAGGCAGAUGAGUAGUGGCGGGCGAGGAAGUACCUGAUGAAUGUCAGUGGUCCUCAUGUAGCAGCAAUCAUCCUACUUUCCUCCUCGCUUGUUUCUUUUCAGUUGGGACUUCCUGUUAGUGAAAGAGAGGAGCACUUCCUACACUUUAAGCGGAACUUUGAGUGUAGCUCCCAGUCAUUCAGACUUUUUUUUCCAUUUCUUUGCACAUUCAUGUAGUGACUAGAAAUGUUUUGUUGUUCUUUUCCUCUUCUCGGCACACGUCUUUCUCCAAAGCCAUGCCAAUGCGUGUGUAAAUAUCAUGAGGUUUUAUCAUUUCA